GCAUGAAGCGUGUUUCCGGUUUGAGAUGUAAACAUCGAAAAAGAUUGUACUAACUUGUACUUUUUAUCAGCCUGUAUUAUACCAUAUUGUCGGCUUUUUAACACACAUAUCUAAGUAUCUAAAGAUGGAUUUGUUCCAUGACAAAUCAGCAAGUGAAUCGGAUGAAGACACAACAGAUUCUGAAGAAAGUGUUUACUCAGGACUAGAAGAAGAACCAGACACAUCAGAUGACGAGGAAGGAAAGAAGGAUGACAAAUCAGACAGUGAGGAUGAGGAUAACAGUGAAAGUGACAAUGAAGAAAGUGAUAAAGAAAAUGAAAUUGACAAUGAUACAGAAGACAAAGAUGUGAAUGAAGAAGAUACAAACACUGUUAAUGUGGCAGCUAAAAAUAAAUAUAAUGAGAAAAAUAAUACUCGGACAACAUCUCAAACAGUGGACGAUGAAUACUAUCAUGAUUCUUCUGAUGAAGAGGAUAUCCGUAACACAGUGGGUAACAUCCCAAUGGAAUGGUACAGGGACUAUCCACACAUAGGUUAUGAUGUGGAGGGAAGAAAGUUAAUCAAACCUAAGAAAGGAGAUGAAUUGGAUGAGUUUUUACAGAGAAUGGAUAAUCCAGAUUAUUGGCGAACAGUGACAAACAAAAUGACUGGACAAAAUGUGUUACUGACCAAGGAAGAUGUCAGUCUGAUAGAAGGUCUCAUGUUACAGAGGACACCUGGAGGAGCAAAGGAAACAUAUGAGCCAUGGAUCGACUUCUUUACACAUGAGACAAUGAUACAUCCAGUUACCAACAGACCAGCUGACAAAAGAAGUUUUAUUCCAUCAAAGUGGGAGAAGUUAAAGGUUGGUCAGAUGGUACAUGCUAUAAAGAUGGGAUGGAUGAAAAGAAGCAGAGAUAAAAAGGAGAAAGAAGACGAUGAUGAACCUAAAUAUUUCAUGUUGUGGAAAGAUGAUGAGGAGAAUGAAGUCACAAGGAGAUAUAGAGCAAAUAUUCCAGCACCUAAAGCUGCACUUCCAGGUCAUGUGGAAUCUUAUAAUCCACCACCAGAAUAUUUAUUUACCAAGGAGGAGGAAGAACAAUGGCUAGCACAAGAACCAGAAGAAAGAAGAAUGAAUUUUAUUCCAAAGAAAUAUGACAGCUUAAGAUUAGUACCAGCAUACUCUAGAUUUGUUAAGGAAAGAUUUGAAAGAUGUUUAGAUUUGUAUUUAUGUCCAAGACAACAACAAACAAGGAUGAACAUUAAUCCAGAAGAUUUAAUACCCAGGCUGCCAAAACCUAAAGAUUUACAACCAUUUCCUACACAGCAAGCUAUUAUUUAUAAAGGCCAUACAGAUAUUGUUAGAUGUAUAUCUGCUGAUCCAACAGGACAAUGGUUAGCCUCAGGCUGUGAUGAUGAAACAGUAAAAUUUUGGGAAGUAUUAACAGGGAGAUGUAUGAAAACAUUAAAAGUGUCAGGUACACCUAGAUGUAUUGCCUGGAACCCUAACCCUGCUAUCUGCCUGUGUCUUGUAGCAGUGGAUCAAAAUUUACUGGUACUGAACCCCGGACUUGGAGACAAAGUUCUCAUCAGUAAUACAGAUAGUAUGAUACAGAAUGUAGAAACUACAGAAUCGGCAGGUAAAUCCCCACCAUUGAAUUGGACAGUUUGUGAGGAUGAACAAUAUGAUGAGGGCUACAGAUUUAUUUUGUCACAUCCAAAGGAAAUUACCCAUGUAUCAUGGCAUGGUAAGGGAGAUUACUUUGCCAGUGUGAUGCCAAAAGCAGAUUCUAAGGCAGUGCUGAUUCAUCAACUGUCAAAACAAAGGUCACAGAAUCCAUUUUCCAAACCUAAAGGAUUGGUACAGUGUGUAUAUUUUCAUCCAGUCAGGCCAUUCUUAUUUGUAGCUACUCAAAGAUAUAUUCGAGUAUACAAUUUAUUGAAACAAGAAUUAACAAAGAAGUUGAUGACCAGCUGCAGAUGGGUUUCUAGUAUGUCUAUUCAUUCUGGUGGCGAUAAUCUUGUGAUAGGAAGUUAUGAUUGUAAACUGACCUGGUUUGACUUAGAUCUAUCAACCAAACCUUACCAAACUCUCAGACAUCAUAAGAAAGCAAUAAGACAAGUCAGCUUCCACAAGAGGUAUCCAUUAUUUGCCUCAGCAUCAGAUGAUGGAACAGUGAUUGUCUGCCAUGGAAUGGUCUAUAAUGAUUUACUACAGAAUCCUUUAAUAGUACCUGUCAAAGUUUUACAUGGACAUAAAAUUACAAAAGAUCUAGGUGUAAUAGACUGUGAAUUCCAUCCAACACAACCUUGGGUGUUUUCCAGUGGAGCUGAUGGAACUAUUAGAUUAUAUACCUAAUAAAAAUAGGAUGAACAAA